AUGUCAUUUCCUAUAGUGGCCUGCGGUCUUCUACUAACGGCGUUGGCUUCUUCACAAUUUGUUGAUGGAUGCUACACUUCCAUUUUCGGUUUUGGCGAUUCCAUCACCGACACCGGAAACUAUAUUUCUUUAAUCUCCAAGGGUCUUUUACCACUUGAUGAGAUUCCCAAUUGCAGCGUUCCUCCCUAUGGGGAAACAUUCUUCCACCAUCCCACCGGCCGCUGCUCCGACGGCAAACUUAUCAUAGAUUUCAUUGCGGAGCACUAUGGGCUUCCACUUACGCCGCCGUAUAUGGGUGGCGAAAAUGCGAAUCGUGAAGGAGGUGUGAACUUCGCGGUGAUUGGAGCUACAGCUCUGAGUGAUGAUGUCCUUGAGGCAAAAUGGAGUUACUCUCGCGACAAUAUUUCCAUGAUGGCUCAGAUCAACAUGUUCAAAACAUAUCUCCCAUCUAUCUGCAAAACCUCAAGUUGUGGCGAAAUACUCGACAAGUCAUUAAUAGUUUUUGGGUCUUUUGGAAGCAACGAUUAUGCUUCUACCAUUUUGAUGAAGAAGGUUGAGGAUGCUUACCGCCUCCAGCCUCUGGUUAUUAACGCUGUUGGAUCUGCAAUUGAGGAACUAAUUAAGCUAGGUGUUGUAAACCUCGUGGUGCCUGGGAUGUUGCCAGCUGGGUGCUUAGGAGAUUGUUUAGCAGUUUAUUAUGGUUCAAAUGAGGAAGAUUACGAUCCCAUUACUGGUUGUCUCACUUGGCUCAACGAAUUUACACAAAAACAUAAUGAAUUGCUUCAAAAAGAAUUGACUCGGAUUCAAAAACAUUAUCCUAAUGUUUUUAUUACUUAUGCUGAUUAUUACAAUGCUGGGUUAGAACUUUUUAUCUCUCCCAACAAAUAUGGUUUUAAUAAAGAAACUCGACUUAUUUCUUGUUGCGGAAGUGGAGGUCCAUACAACUCGUACGUGGACGACACAAAAUGUGGCUAUCCAUUCUCGCAUGCCUGCGAUGACCCUUCAUCUUAUAUCGAAUGGGAUGGUGCACACUUAACACAGGCAGCAAAUGAAUGGAUUGCCAAGGGUUUGCUAAGUGGGUUAUAUACUUCCCCAAAUAUUACUACCUCAUGUGUUUCUUCUGCAAAUGGGGAUGGCGUUUAUGUCUAUUGAAUAACUACUUCACCCACCAUUACUAUAUAUAUAAUCUUGUUGGGGAAUUUUGAUUGU